AUGGUUCCCACCUUGUGGAUAUUUAUGAACACCACCACUAUUUGGUUUGCCACCUGCCUCAGCAUUUGCUACUUGGCAAUGAUUGCCAUGUUCUCCCACCCUGUUUUCCUCCAAGUGAAGCAAAGAUUUUCAGGACUUGUGCCCCCGUUGCUUCUGGGAUCAGUUGUCUUCUCUGCUAUUAUGGCUCUUGUUGUGGUCGCAAGCUUGAGCAAUGGCUUCUUGAUGUACAUUACCACUGUUUGGUUUGCCACUUGGCUCAGCGUUUUCUACUUGGCAAAGAUCGCCACCUUCUCCCACCCCAUUUUUCUCCAAGUGAAGCAAAGAUUUUCAGGACUGGUGCCGCGGUUGCUUCUGGGAUCAGUUGUCUUCUCUGCUAUUAUGACUCUUGUUGUGGUCGCAAGCUUGAGCAACGGCUUCUCCAUUUGUGAUUCCAACAAAUCAAUUUUGAACGUCAGUGAUUCAGAAAUUACACCCCCUGACCUAUAUAUUCACCUAGUUUUUCUUGUUGCUGUCCCAAAUGUCAUUCCUUUAAUCAUAUUAAUGUCAUCGUCCAUCUUGUUAAUGACUUCUCUGUGGAUGCACACAAGACGUAUGCAAGGCAAUGGAACUGGCAUCAAGGACCUCAACACUCAAGCUCACAGGACUGCCAUCAAAGCUCUGGCUUCCUUUGCUGUUCUGUACCUGUUUAGUUUUUUAGCAGCCACUGCUCAGGCAGUAAUGCUCUGGAAACAUGUGGACGACACUUGGCUAUUUAUGAUGGUUGAUAUCGUAAUUGUGUCUUAUCCUUCUGGACAUGGCACUAUCCUGAUACUAAUUAAUCCCAGACUAAAACAGGCAGUAAUGAUCUGGGAAAACAUGGAUGACACUUGGAUAUUUGUGAUGCUUAGUAUAGUAACUGUGUCUUGUCCUUCUGGACAUGCCAUUAUCCUGAUACUAAUUAAUCCCAAACUAAAGCAGGCAUGGGUCAGGAUGCUGCUUCCCUUAAAAUGCUGCUCUGGUGAAGUGCUUGUUUAA